AGGUCGUAGACUUUGUGUGUGAAAGGAGCGGUGCAGUCAGUAGUGAUAACGGCAGCAGUAGGGGGAGGCGGGGCCAUUUGGACCGCCCCCUUCCCCCCCCUCACCCACUGACAUAAAUAGGGGCUGGAUUUUUUUGCAGUACCCAUUUCUCCUGAAGGAUGAUAUCUCUGAAACACCUGAAACAGGGCAGCAGAGACAGCGUGGAGGAAGAGAAAGGGCAGCAGGUGCAAUGCUGUGCUGAGGCAAUGGGCGGCCAGGUGGAUGUGGCCACGCAGACGGACCCAGUGGUGGUUCUGUCACUGGCGCAGGCUGCCGUACUAGGCCUCAUCUCCCAGAACGAUGUGUUCGGCGCCACCAUUGCACCGAAUGGCUUCUACACGGGCGAGGCAAAGGAGGGCACCGGGUUCGAGUGCAAUGAGCAACUCAUUGGGGCCAACGGAGACUACCUGGUGGAGGAAGGGAGCGGGCCAGGGACGUCCCGCACGAAGGCCGGGGCCGAAUUGACGGGGCCCGCAGACGGGGUCCCCAAGGUGGUAACUCAGGUGAAGAACGAGGCAGUGGAGGAUGCCUCGCCCUCCUGCGAGCACGUGCCUGGCGGCCUUGUCCCCAGGGAGGGUGUGCGGCUGGUGGACCCCAGCACGUACCGAGUCACCCCGAAGGAGGAGCCAUCCGGAAACUGCUGCCCUGACUGCCAGAGAGAGGUGAGAAGGCAGCAGGUGGGUGAGGAGCCAGAGGUGGGGCAGCCAGAGGAGGAGCACACCGAACGGGGCCCCAAGAGCCCCCCCAAGGCAGACGAGGAGGCGGACAGCCCCAGAACGAGCCACUACUUCGAGGCUGGAGAGGCAGGCUAUGAGGCUGCCACCCCGGGGGGCUUGGAAGAGGGUGGACAAGGAGCAGCCUGGGCCGAGGCGGAAGAUGCCGAAGGCCAGCAGGCACGCCGCCCUCAGAUGGACCGGCUAGAUGUGAACGUGCAGAUCGACGAGUCAUACUGCGUGGAUGUGGGUGAGGGUCUCCGGCGCUGGAAGUGCCGCCUGUGCGACAAGUCGUACACCUCCAAGUACAACCUGGUGACGCACAUCCUGGGCCACAACGGCAUCAAGCCACACGGCUGCCCGCACUGCGGCAAGCUCUUCAAGCAGCCGAGCCACCUGCAGACUCACCUGCUGACACACCAGGGCGCGCGGCCGCACCGCUGUGCCGUCUGCCAGAGGGCCUUCACCCAGACCAGCCACCUGAAGCGUCACAUGCUGCAGCACAGUGACAUCAAGCCAUACAGCUGCCGGUACUGCGCACGUGGCUUCGCCUACCCCAGCGAGCUGCGGGCGCACGAGGCCAAGCACGGCGGCGGGCGGCGCCACUCCUGCCCGGAGUGCGGCCUGGAACUGCCCAGUCAUGCCCACCUGAAGCGGCACCGGGCCGCCCACCAGGAGGCCGCUGCCCACCAGUGCCCGCACUGCCGGAGGGCCUUUGCCUACCGCAGCCAGCUACAAAGCCACCUGGCCAAGCACCAGAAUGCCCGGCCCUUUGGCUGCCACGAGUGCGGCAUGGAGUUCGCCCAGGUGCACCACCUCAAGCAACACGCACUCACGCACAAGGGGAUGAAAGAGUUCCGGUGUGACGUGUGCUCGCGCGAGUUCACACUCUCCGCCAACCUGAAGAGGCACAUGCUGAUCCACACCAGCGUGCGGCCCUACCAGUGCCACGUCUGCUUCAAGACCUUCGUCCAGAAGCAGACGCUCAAGACCCACAUGAUCGUCCACCUGCCUGUCAAGCCCUUUAAGUGCAAGGUCUGCGCAAAGUCCUUCAACCGCAUGUACAACCUACUAGGCCACAUGCAUCUCCAUGCAGGCAGCAAGCCCUUCAAAUGCCCCUACUGCUCCAGCAAGUUCAACCUGAAGGGGAACCUCAGCAGGCACAUGAAAGUCAAACAUGGCAUCAUGGACGCUUCCCCAGAGGGCCAAGAUCCCCUCCCUGACAUGGACGUCCAGGACGACUACGAGGAGGAGAACUUUGACUUCCCUGAGAGGGAGACCCUGGAGAGCCACAGCGGGCCAGCCGUCAGCAAGCUGUCUGAGGAGCACCUGCGCGAGAUGGACUACUACCCAUUCAGUAAGGAGGGCGAGCACUAUGGCACCGUGUGAGCCGGCCAGCGGGCAGGGCGCUGGCAGUCUGUUAGGGCUGUAUGGCGGCAGCGGCCACCGGGCCAGCUGGGAAGCCACAGGAGAUGGACGUCAGGACGUCCUCAACCCGAAUGACUUGGGGAACAGGGAAGGAGUUUCCAGCUUGGGGAAUCUCACAUGCUCUUCCCGGAAGGUCGAACUCGCCUCGUUUGGCCCAGCAGAAAAGUUUUUAUUUCCUCCUUUUCCUCCUCCUCUCUUUGUGUUAAGCAGUCAGCGGGAAGAGCCAAGCUUGUGAAAUGGGGGGGGGGUGUAUCUAGGUGCAAGCAGCUUAGAUGGAGCAGGAGUGGUGAAACUCACGUGAAGUUUAUCCACUGAGCUCGAUGAUUCCCCCCCCCUUGGUGUGCUAUUGCCCACUAAUGGCUAAGAACCUGCUGCUGAUGAGGGAAUAGGGGGCCGCUAUUGAGUCAUAGGUACCGCCCCCCCGAGGGCUCCAUAAUUUGUUGGUGACUGGAGCAUUUAUGAGGUCCUGCUGAAUAAGUUGCACUUUCUCACAGAAUCAGUGAUCCUCCCUGUCCUCUCGUUACCACAUGGUGCACUCCCAUCCAUCACUGCCAGUCAGGCUGGGGGUUCUGCGCUCGUCUAAAGGUAAGUGACUCAAGGCACCAGCACUGUGAGCCCGUUAGCUUAAUCCCCCAGAUAGAAGCACAUCUGAUUGGGAGAAAACUGACCGGCUUCCCACGCAGAGAGGCUGGUGUUUCCACCCUUCCCAAGCUCAAACGAUGCGUCGCUGCGUGGUGGCUGUGCUCCACAGUCCCGGAGAUGAUUCCAUGCUUUUAUGUUUGAGUUGUGCUGUUCAUAGUUGGAGGUAGCCAGUUGUGAAAUCUAUCUCCAUUCCUACUGUUUGGAUCCUGUCAGUAUUUGACGUCCCUGUUAAUUUCAAGAAUACAGAUGGGGGGGGGGGGGGGACACUAUUUUUUUCUUUCUCUCUCUCUCCCUCUUCCCACCUGGAUUUUCAGUCGAGGUUUGAUUGUAAUGUUUGUAAUAACCUCUCAUACCAAAAAGGGGAAAAAAGUUUUGCACGUACCAGAAAGACAUGUUAAGGAAUAUUUGUGUUUCGACUGUGAAUGGCAGUUUGCCAAGCAAACGUGUGUUUGAGGCUAACCAUAUACUUAAAAGGAGCGUCCCUUCUCUCAACACUGAAGGGGUCCUAGCUGAGUAAGGGCGUGGAGCUCGCGGCCACCCCCCAAGCAAAGCAGAUUAAGAUUCUUCUCAUUAUGGUGAUGCGGAUUGUUCGUCUGAGGGGUUGUGACAACCCACCCACCCUAUUCUGUCAGUCUCAGAACAUCACAGCGUGACUGAGGUGAUUCUAACUCUUCAGAUCCAGUUUUCUCAUAUACCAUGGUCCCCCCCAGAUCUGGAAUGUAAAUGAUAUCAUUAUAUGAAGUUUGUGGAAAAUCGCCUUGGGCACUGGCUCCUCUGCCCGCUGUCACACACCACUGACACCUCCGCUUGCUGCGUCCUGUCACCAAGCGUUACCUCAGCUCCGGGGCCCAGCCGUACGGCCGGCUGGCCCCUGCGGACCAAAGAAGCCUGACUGCUGCGGAGAGCUCAUGCCAAAGGCUGUUAGCUGCACUGUGUCUGCUCACACUGGGAGAAUGAGACCACCGGUGGCUCUUUACGCAUGUAUACAACUAACCAAAGAGUUCUGCCAGUUCGGUUGAGUUGUGUAUAUUAAAAAACAAGACAGAUUACGGCUGUGCUGUUUACCUGUGAACACUACUGAAGGCCCUGCUUGCCUCUGAGGGGUUCCUGCUCCAGCCAGGGAGCCCCCCAGCCAAAAGCUAACUGCAGCAACAGCCAGUCCCCACCCUGACGGAUCGGGCUGCUCCUCCUGGUUCCAGCCUAUGCUGCAAGGGGGCAAGAAGUCAAAUUAUCAUCACACCCCCCCCCCCCCCCCCCUUUUUUUAAUACUCUAUGCUUGCCAGUCAGAAUCCCUCCCCGUUUGCUCCUGGACCAGCACCGUCCAUGUUGAACACCAAGUCGGACUUGUGACAGUUCUGUUGCACAGUGAUGUGAAUAUACUACGAAUAGUUACCUGUAUCACGUUGUGAAGCUGACAACACUGUAAAUAAUACAUUUAUUUGCCUUUCAA